CGAAUUUCCACAACUACGCGCCCUUCUACUCGGUGGAGAACGCCGUGGGCAUCAUCAUGGGCACGGGCAACGUGGGCCCCCACCUGCGAUACGAGGCCGACGAAGUCAACACCUACCUCUCGCGCGACGGCGGGCUCUCGUGGGUGGAAGCCCACAAGGGCGCCUUCAUCUACGAGUUCGGCGACCACGGGGGGCUGAUCGUCAUGGCCGACGACCUGCACAAGACCAACCAGGUGGUCUUCUCGUGGAACGAGGGCCAGUCCUGGUACGACUUCGAGCUGGGCACCUACCCUGUGGAGGUCGACAAUGUGGUCAUCGAGCCCAACUCGUCGAGCGUCGAGUUCCUCCUCUACGGCACCAGGGGGGACAACGGCGUGGUCUACCACCUGGACUUCAACGCGCUGGGGCAGCCUGCGUGUCAGGGGGUAUAUGCCGCCGACUCUGUGUCCUCCGACUAUGAGACCUGGACGCCCUCUGACGGGCGGUCGACGGAAACGUGCAUACUCGGUCAGUGAGUGAAUGAGGCAGAUAGACAACACACACAACAGAGGGCAUGUUCUCUCUCUCUCUCUCUCUGUGCGUGUGUGCCUGAGUGCAGGUCGUCAGCUGACGUACACGCGCCGCAAGCAGACGUCCGAGUGCUUCAACGGCCGGGAUUUCUCCCGCCCCCUGGCGCGCAAGAACUGUGUCUGCACCGAGGAGGACUACGAGUGCGAGUUUGGCUUCACGCGCAAGAUCGGCUCACUCGAGUGCCAGCCGGAGGACCCCAAGCUCACCGCCCCUCACUGCACCUCCGGCAACUUCUUCUACAUGGACGCCUACCGACGAGUGCCCGGGGACACGUGCGAGGGCGGCUGGGCGCCCCAGAAGGUGGCGGUGCCGUGCCCACACAACUCGCCCUUCAGCCGCGGGGCAUACAGCGUCCUCUUGGUGCUCUUCCUCUUGUGUGUCCUGCUGGGCGGCAUCACCUUCCUCUCCAAGACCGAUCGGCUCAAGGGCCUCCCAGCGAUCUCCUUCCUCAGCCAGGCGGGCUUCGACACCUUCGGGGGCGUCAAGUACGCUCGGCUGGGCAAGGGCAGCCACCGGGACGACGACCACCACGACAUGGGCUUCAUCGACAACGAACACGACGCAUACGAGGAGGACGCCCCCAGCCUCAUGACAUACACCACAACCGAGUCGCGGCAUCGGCUCAAUGUCAACCACCACGCACACGACGAAGACGAGCACGAGACGACCACACACAUGAAUGCGAAGCGGGAGGGGGAGGGGCUGGCCGAUGACGACACCAACCGGCAGCAGCAGCAGGAGUCGUUGAUGGAUCUGGAGGGCGGGGGCGGGGCGGGGGGUGCGACAGAGGGUGAGAGGCGGGUGGCCAAGAGGGCGGCGCUCGAGGCGGCCACCGAGGAGGUACCCAAGUUAGCUCCACCAGCCAAUAGCAAAGGCGGCGCCACAGGCAGCGAACUCAUAUGACGAUGUUGCCAACGAGAUUUGUCAAGGGAUGGGUGUGGUGUGGGUGUCGAUAUGGAUGGAUCGGUGGAUGGAUGGGUGGCUACGUACCUAGCUAGGCGUUUCAAACAUCGUGAUAUCAUCACGUCACGUCUAUAGAGUGAGUGUACUUGUGUACGGCACGGCACGCCUGUGUGAGAUGCGACAGAUAGAGAUGAGACAGACGGGAGAGAUGGGACAUCCAGGCAGGCAGGCAGGGAAUGAUCAGAAUGAUCCCUAGAUGUCGAAGAUUUGCGACGGCAAGAAACCUCUAGAUGUCAUGUGUGAUGUGACGUCCUUUCUUUGAUGUUUUGUGCGUACGCGUGAGUUGGCUGGAGGGCGGGUGGCCAUUCCUCCCUCCCUCUGCCUGCCUGCAAACAACACUCAUUGCAUUUUUUCGGGGUCGUUCGGUCCAUUCGCUGUGAUGUGAUUGAUGUGCGUGUCCAUAAAUCUGCAUAAGCAAGCUCUCUCUGCGACCGUCUCCUUUCGCCUUGGCGUGUGCGUGUGGCCGGCCAUGUCAUGAUGUGACUUGUGUGUGCAUGCCAUGCCUGACUCCCUCGCUCAUGCUCAUGCACUACACUGAUGAUGAUUUCAUGGUGUGGUUCCCAUCAUCUCGUUCG